CAGAGCCAAUAUCAAUAAUUUGUUAUAAGAUAUGAUAAAUCUUAAACAUACCUAUAGAUCUACAGAUCUAUUCAAAAGUGUGUUAACUUUAAUAUGUGUACCUGUUUCUUAGAAAAUCGAUUUCAAACACAGAAGGAGUUAGCCAGUCGGAUAAUCGGUUGUCAUUUGACUCUCAAAUAGAAUCUGAGCGAGGUUUCUCCUCGCAACUAGAUCGUCUCCCGUGGAGUUCAACAGUUCGUCGUCAUUCGGCUUGAAGUGAAAACGUAAGGAGAAAGAGGAUCCUAUCUGUCUGUCUCCUUCCCUUUCUCUUUCUUCUCUCUUUCUUUUACGUGCAUGAAACACGAUGCUAUAUAACGCGAAUCCAAUCGAAGAGGAACAAGGAGAGAAACUUUGGACGAUAUACGCAUGGUGGGCUAGCGUUCUUAUUUUGAAGAUGAUGUCCUUGACUUGGAUCACAGGACGAGUUCGUGUUGCCAAACAGGUGAUACAUAGCGAAGAGGAUAGAAUGUGGAUGAAAGGAAGUCAAGUGAUCAUAUGCCCAAACGGUGGUGGACAUCCGGCAGUGGAUCGUAUCAGGAGUGCUCAUUACAAUGAUCUAGCGAUCGUUUUACCUUACCUCUUGAUCGUACCGAUUUGGUUGAAUACCUCGCCAUGUUUUUUUCCAGCGAGAACGAUCAUGCUAAUGUUUGCUAUCAGUAAUAUGUUAUCGACUUUAAUGCAUUUGGAAGUAAUCGAGGCACCUAAUUUUUGUCAAAUCGUUUCCCAUGCCUGUUGUAUCGCCAUUUUGGUGUACAUUUGUCUAUCUUGUAUGGUACGAUAUUUACAUAUCAUUUAAAAAUUCUAUACUUCUUUCAUUAGGUUCUUUAUGAAUCGUAUGAUGUUUUCAGCGACGCAUGCUCUGUCUGUAUCUUUCUUUCUAUCUCUUUCUUUCUGAUCUCUUUCUCUCGAUGACUAACAAUUGUAAGAUAAUUUAAUGUAAUAAUAUCACCCAUCUGAGUCAUAUCGCAUUCGUGCAGAGUGACAAUUUGUAUACCAAUUUUUUUAUUAGUUUAUUCUUAAUAAAAUUAUAGUUGAAACAGCA